UCUGGAUUGGACGUCGAAUUUGGCAAAUUUUACUUUAUUUAAAUCAAAUAGAUUGGCAUUUUGAAAAAACUCCUUUUUCUGCCACUCUUUUUUACCAAGUAUAUUUAUUUAUAUUAAUUAUUAUCAAAUAUGCCAGCCGUCGGUAUUGAUUUAGGUACUACUUACUCCUGUGUUGCUCACUUUGCCAAUGAUCGUGUUGAAAUCAUUGCCAACGAUCAAGGUAACAGAACCACUCCAUCUUUUGUUGGUUUCACCGACUCUGAAAGAUUGAUUGGUGAUGCCGCCAAAAAUCAAGCUGCCAUGAACCCAGCUAACACUGUUUUCGAUGCUAAACGUUUAAUUGGUCGUAAAUUCGAUGACGCUGAAGUUACUAACGAUGCUAAACAUUUCCCAUUCAAAGUUGUUGAAAAAUCUGGUAAACCUCAUAUUCAAGUUGAAUUCAAAGGUGAAACCAAAGUUUUCACUCCAGAAGAAAUUUCUUCCAUGAUUUUGGGUAAAAUGAAGGAAACCGCCGAAGGUUACUUGGGUGACAAAGUUAACGAUGCUGUUGUUACCGUUCCUGCUUAUUUCAAUGAUUCUCAAAGACAAGCUACCAAAGAUGCUGGUUUAAUUGCUGGUUUAAAUGUUAUGAGAAUUAUUAACGAACCAACUGCUGCUGCCAUUGCUUACGGUUUAGAUAAAAAAGAUGAACAAGAAAAGAAUGUUUUAAUUUUCGAUUUAGGUGGUGGUACCUUCGAUGUUUCUUUAUUAUCUAUUGAAGAUGGUAUUUUCGAAGUUAAAUCUACCGCUGGUGAUACUCACUUGGGUGGUGAAGAUUUUGAUCAUAGAUUAGUUAACCAUUUCGUUAACGAAUUUAAGAGAAAAAACAAGAAAGAUUUAUCUUCUAACCAAAGAGCUUUAAGAAGAUUAAGAACUGCUUGUGAACGUGCUAAGAGAACUUUAUCUUCUUCUGCUCAAACUUCUAUUGAAAUUGAUUCCUUAUACGAAGGUAUUGAUUUCUACACUUCAAUCACCAGAGCUAGAUUCGAAGAAUUAUGUCAAGAUUUAUUCAGAUCUACUUUAGACCCUGUCGAAAAAGUCUUGAGAGAUGCUAAAGUUGAUAAAUCUCAAGUUCACGAAAUUGUUCUUGUUGGUGGUUCUACUAGAAUUCCAAAAGUUCAAAAAUUAGUUUCUGAUUUCUUCAACGGUAAAGAACCAAAUAGAUCUAUUAACCCAGAUGAAGCUGUUGCUUACGGUGCCGCCGUUCAAGCUGCUAUCUUAUCUGGUGAUACUUCUUCCAAGACCCAAGAUUUAUUAUUAUUAGAUGUUGCUCCAUUAUCUAUGGGUAUUGAAACUGCUGGUGGUAUUAUGACCAAAUUAAUUCCAAGAAACUCCACCAUUCCAACCAAGAAAUCCGAAACUUUCUCUACUUAUGCUGAUAACCAACCAGGUGUCUUGAUUCAAGUUUACGAAGGUGAACGUGCUAAAACUAAGGAUAACAACUUAUUAGGUAAAUUCGAAUUAUCUGGUAUUCCUCCAGCCCCAAGAGGUGUUCCUCAAAUUGAAGUUACCUUUGACGUUGAUGCUAAUGGUAUCUUGAAUGUUUCUGCUUUAGAAAAAGGUACUGGUAAAACUCAAAAAAUUACCAUUACUAACGAUAAAGGUAGAUUAUCUAAAGAAGAUAUCGAAAGAAUGGUUUCUGAAGCUGAAAAAUUCAAGGAAGAAGAUGAAAAGGAAGCCGCUAGAGUUCAAGCCAAGAAUGGUUUGGAAUCUUAUGCUUACUCUUUGAAAUCUUCUUUAAAUGAAGAACAAAUCAAAUCUAAAUUAGAAGCUAGUGACAUCGAAGAAGUUACUAAAGCUGCCGAUGAAACUAUCGAAUGGUUAGAUGCUAACCAAACCGCCACCGAAGAAGAAUACGCUGACCACCAAAAAGAAUUAGAAGGUAAAGCUAACCCAGUCAUGGCUAAAGCUUACCAAGCCGGUGCCGCUCCAGGUGGUGCCGCUCCAGGUGGUUUCCCAGGUGCUGCCGGUGGUGCUGCUCCAGAACCAUCUAAUGAUGGUCCAACUGUUGAAGAAGUUGAUUAAACUAUUUAGACUCCUUUUAGAUUUCUUUUCACUUCUCGCUUAUGUGUAUGUAUGAUAGUCAAAGUAUGUAAUCUUUACAUCUUUAUAUAUAUAUUAAUGAUAUUGUUAUAACUUUAUAACCACUGUAACUUGACGUUCUCAUUUUUAGCCCCACCG